CACACACACACACACACACACACACACACACACGACGGAUCGGUUCACUUCAUACGUUUUCUCUCUGGACAGGUUCACAUUUCCCAGGAUUCCUCAGUACCUGAUCACUGUAAGAAGUACGCUCUGAGCUGUCCCGGCGACGAAGACUACAUUUCCCAAUGUGAUCAUGACCAUAAAGAACAGUGUGACCGUUGUAAUAUAUUCCCCAAUGUGGUCGCUGAGGUAAUAAUAGCAAUUUUGUAAAUAUUAUUAGGUAAUUUGAGUUUUCGUGUUUGUCAAGGUUGUGGACAAUUUAUUUGUAAUUAUGAAUCCAUCCUUAAGGUAGUAAUGAAAAUGAUGAUGGUCGUCAUGGUGAUCAAGUGAUCACGAUAAUCAUGAUGCUAAUGACAUGUUCUUGAAUGUUUACAUGAAUAGGUGAGUUCAGUGUUAGAAAGCCUUGAGGAUGGAGCUGAAAAAGACCAAAUAAAGUAUCAAUUCGAGCAAUCAAAGAACAAAAUCGGCGCAUGGAAAGCUCAUAUUCUCCGCUCCAUUAAUCAAGACCAAGCAAGGUUAGAUAUCUUAAAAAAUCUUGGUCCACACUCUGCACUCUUGGUUCUCGAUUGGGCCAUGAAGUUUCUGCCCAGAAAGUUCCGCGAGGCACAGAGUGAUUGGUUUGGAAAACGUGGUAUCAGCUGGCACAUAACAGUGGCUAUGCGAAGAAGCGAUGAGGAAAUUUGGAAAUGGUUACUUUUGUACAUCUAUUUGAAAAGUGCACCCAGGUCAGCAGCACAGUGUUAGCCAUCAUUGACGAUGUUUUCCAUCAAAUAAAGUCAAUUGCUCCAGAAAUAACAACUCUCUUUCUCAGACAAGAUAACGCCGGGUGUUACCACUCCGCUGAAGUACUGCUCUCUGUCAACCAAAUCGCUACCAAGCACAACAUGAAGCUAUCCAUGGAUUUCUCUGACCCACAGGGAGGAAAAGGGUCUUGCGACCGCAAAGCGGCUACAAUUAAAACCAAAAUGAGAAUUCAUCUCAAUGAGGGUCAUGACAUCGAGACAGCGGAGCAAAUGGUGGCAGCCAUAGAAUCACAAGGCGGUGUAUCGGGGGUACGAGUAACGUUGUGUGGCCCACAAGGUGAUGAAGUGCCUUUUCCUGUAAAAUGGGAAGGGAUCAGCUUCUUAACAACAUGAAAUUCAGCAAAGAAGGGAUCAGAGUAUGGAGAGCCUAUGGUAUUGGACCUGGCAAACUUAAGUUAUGGGACGAUUUUAGCGUGCCCAAAGAUUAUCUUCCACCAACACUCAAAGAUCCACAUGAAGUGAGCGCCCAUACCGCUUCAGUUUCAUUUACUAACAUCAUGACAAGACGACAAUCCAAAGAAACCACCGUGCCUGAACAGUUUGACUCUGCAGGAGAGGACGCUACAGAUGAAGACAAUCAAAAUGCUGAGAGCUUAUUCUUUUGUUCUGAGGAAGGCUGUGUCAUGUCCUUUCAGCGACAUUCCUCACUUCAAAACCACCUCGAUUGUGGGAAGCACAAGUACGCUCUAGAGUGCGAAACUUUAUUUGAUAAGGCAAUAAUUAUGUACGCAUCAAAGCUUGAACAAGGAGCAACUUGUGAUGUACCACAGAUCUGUGAAGACAUUCCAGUUGACGUUGUAGCUACGCCGAUUCUGAAUAUGGGCUGGGCCCUUAAAAGUACCAAGGAGUACAAACGACUAUCGGAGAAACAAAAGACAUAUUUACUAGAUACUUAUCAAGUCGGUGAGCAGACUGGUCAAAAGGCUGAUCCUGUGUCCGUUUCAAGAACAAUGAAGAGGGCAAGGCUCUCCAGUGGCGAGCCUAUGUUCACAGCUACCGAAUAUCUGACGGCACAGCAAAUCGCUAGUUUCUAUUCGCGUGAAACAGCAAAGAGGAGGAAGGCUGCCGCUGGAUUUUCAACUACAUCCCAGAAGGAUAAACAAGAAGUCAGUACAGAAGAACUAAUACAAGAUUUACAUUUUAAGGUCCUUAAUGCAGUUUCCUCUCGCCAUCCAAUAAUGUAUGACACAUAUAACCUUUGUGACUAUGCUUCACGCAAUAAGCUCGACAGAUUUUCAAUUUUGGUGCUACAAGAUAUCUGUUCCUUUUUCGAACUAGACACUUCUGGCAUCAAAGGCAAACGCAAGAUUAAGAAGCCAUAUGUUGACCUCGUCUUAAACUUUGUUGAGAAGUGUACAUGCAAUUUAUAA